GACGUCGUGUUGUAGGUUCAGCUAUGAUGGCAGCCGUGGGUUGACAUCGGUACAAUACUGAAUAUAAACUAUUUAAAAGUUAGCGGAACAGCCCCGACUCAGUAACGUAGAACAAAGUAACCGUUUUCAGAUAGUACAGGCUUUAAACACACACCCGCCCGGUUUGGGGAACGUGGCACUAUGCCCGCAGCUACUGUGGAUCACAGCCAAAGAAUAUGUGAGGUUUGGGCCAACAACCUGGAGGAGGAGCUGAAGAGGAUCCGACAUGUCAUCCGAAAAUACAACUACAUUGCUAUGGACACAGAGUUUCCAGGUGUAGUCGCCAGACCGAUCGGAGAGUUCAGAAGCAACGCUGACUAUCAGUACCAGCUACUGCGCUGCAAUGUGGAUUUGCUCAAGAUAAUCCAGCUGGGCCUCACAUUCAUGAACGAACAAGGGGAAUAUCCUCCUGGAACAUCAACAUGGCAGUUCAAUUUUAAGUUUAACCUCACAGAGGAUAUGUAUGCACAGGACUCCAUUGAGCUCCUGACCACUUCAGGGAUCCAGUUCAAGAAGCACGAGGACGAAGGCAUCGAGACGCUAUACUUUGCAGAGCUGUUGAUGACAUCAGGAGUGGUGCUCUGUGAUGGGGUCAAGUGGCUUUCUUUUCACAGCGGCUAUGACUUUGGAUACCUGAUCAAGAUUCUGUCCAAUGCUAACCUACCCGAGGAGGAGGUGGACUUUUUUGAGAUUCUACGCUUGUACUUCCCAGUCAUUUAUGAUGUCAAGUACCUCAUGAAGAGCUGUAAAAACCUGAAGGGUGGGCUGCAGGAAGUAGCUGAACAGCUGGAACUGGAGAGGAUUGGACCACAGCAUCAGGCUGGUUCCGACUCUUUACUCACAGGCAUGGCUUUCUUCAAGAUGAGAGAGAUGUUCUUUGAAGAUCAUAUUGACGAUGCAAAGUACUGUGGUCACUUGUACGGGCUCGGCUCUGGCUCGGCCUACGUCCAGAACGGAACAGGAAACGCUUACGAAGAGGAGGCUAACAAGCAGCAGUCGUGACAUCACCCUGAAACUCUCCCAUCCUGCAGUUCACACCCAACAAUCAGUGCGGUGCUGAGGCUGAGGCCGAGGCUUCGACAGCCGGAUGAGAAUAAUAAUGGAAGAUCACGAAACAUAUACACAUCAUUUAGCAAGCUGUUUCUCAUAAGCUCUGCUCACCUUAGACAACUGAGUGUGAUGGUCAAAAAAAAAAGAGAAGAAAAUCACAGCUGCGCUCACACAUGCCUCUGCUGCGUGUGUGUGUGUGUGAGUUUAGUCUUUUAUUCCUUUGGGGCAGCGUUAGACAAGUCUGGUUGGUUCAGUUACAUUUAACAUGCUUGAAAAGAUGGGAUUUUAGUUUUCCUAAAAUGUCCUGUAGAAAUGUUUUUGCACUUUAAAGCUCUAACCUGAUUUUAUAUGGAAAGCUGAAAAUGUUUCCAGUGUCUCUCUCCUCUUUGUUGCCUUCUCUAUGUUCCCAUUUUUACAUUGCGAACAUGUAAAUCUUUGCUAUCACAGCAACUGCUCUCACCACGCUCAGCCUUAAUAUUAGCUGGAUUCUUAUCUUUUAAACUUUAAUUUAUUGUGCUGGUUAUCUGACAAUGAGUAGACGCCCCAUUCAACACUACAUGUCAGUAUGCUUGUCCCCGACCACUGGAGUCUGGUAAUGACAGAGGGAGCUCUCAAUGAGUGUGUUUACAUGCACACGAAUAGUUAUUCAUAAAAAAAUCAUGUUUCUAAUGACCUUAAUAAGCUCUAAUCCCACUGUGAGAAGCCUUUAACUGACAAGCUAGUGUAUCAUGCUUAUAGAUGGGAUUCUCAAACAAGUGAACACCAUUUCCUCUCUGUUAUUAUUGUUUGUGUUGGUAAUGAUGCUCAGAACAGUUAUAUACAAGGAUAUUUUACAGUAUGUACAGAGAUGCAUACAAAUGAUUUUCGUCAGAGAAAUGUUGAGUAUUCGUGCAUGUAAACACCCUCAUUGACACAAGCACAUAUGAACACAGAUGCAUCACCUCUCAGUGUGGUCCUGCACUGAUAUUUGACCAAAUUCACCAGACCUUAAAAAAUGUAUGAACAGUAUUUAAAACAAACUCUCACCUGCUUUAGGACAUGCUGAGGCUUCCCUGAACUACUCUGUUGAGAGUAAAAUUUCAUGUUUAAAUUGAAAUUAAGGAUUUGUAGAGUUUUAGUGUUGUAAUAAUAGAAGAAAAAACUUUUACUCAUUGGGAAAAACACAUUGCUUUUUUAACAUGCAGCUUCUCUCUCCAGUGCAGUUUCAUUUCACUUGUAGUUCUGGCCUUUGAAUGACACCCUUAUUUUGUAUUGCUCUUUCCAGAUCCAUGCUGCCUAGAACAGUCGCAUGUACUAAAACCUUUGAAUAAAUGCUGUUGUUGAAUAGUAUCCUGAACUUCCAUAGGUGUGUGUUGAAGUGUAGGUUCAUGACUUAUUAACCUCCCCCAGCAUCGAAAACUGAUAUUCUUUCUUGCUGCAGCACAUUUCUCACAUUGUAAAGGAGUAAAAGAAGAAUAUGCAAUAAAAAAAGUGGAUUGUUUUUAGAUUA